AUGUCAUACUUUGUAAGCCCAGAAUUCCUGCGGGUCCUGCUUCUCGGCUUCAUCACGUCGCUGCACAUGACAUGGCGAAGGCUCGUCAACCAGUUCGUGCCGGAACCCUAUCUCGACGAAUAUUUCCAUAUCCCUCAGGCUCAAGCAUACUGGCUUGGGAAGUGGUCGCAAUGGGACCCGAAGAUCACCACUCCGCCGGGCCUCUACGUGUUUUCGUACGCCGUCAACGCGGUGCGGGAUUUCUUCUCCAAGGAAGAACUAAAACCGUCGGUCAACGAGUGGAGAUUUACCAACGUGCUGUUGCUGUACCUAUUAUUGGUCGCGUUAUACGUCCUGGCGGCCGUCGGGAGGAAGGCUGUGCAUCAUGAAAGCGUUUUGCAGCGGGAGUUCAGCAUCGUCUGCUUCCCUUUGAUUUUCUUCUUCUCGGGCAUUUAUUACACCGAUCUGUUCAGCGUCUUCACCGUGAUUCUCAGUGAGAUAUUGUGGGCGACGGGCACCGGCUCGCAGGGACCCGUCAAGGUCCUCUUUCAGGCGUUACAUUUCGUGGCCGGGCUGGUGUCGCUGUCCACCCGGCAGACGAACAUCUUCUGGGUCGCGGUGUACCUGGGCGGGCUCCAGGUCGUUGAAAGCGUCAAACAGCGAGUGGGCGCGCGUGAGGUCCACGACCCUCCCGUGUCUGAAGCAUAUUUUGAAGAUUUUCCCAUCACAAGCAUUUCUCUCACCCAAUCUGCCGUCUCCAUCGUCCCGCAGCUCCUUCUCGACCUGUGGCCACAGUUGUCGCUCCUCGCCGCGUUCGCCGCGUUCGUCGUCUGGAACGGCGGCGUGGUCCUCGGAGACCGGGACAACCACAUUGCCACGAUCCACCUUGCCCAGAUGCUCUAUAUUUGGCCGGCGAUCGUCUUCUUUUCAUGGCCUGUCCUGCUACCACUGUUCUCCGACCUCCAACGUCUCCGUCAGCGACUUCCCCGGGUCACGACGAGUCUUAGCUUCCUCCUUCUCAUGCUCGCCGUCGUCCGAUUCAACACCAUUAUCCACCCCUUCACCCUCGCCGACAACCGACACUAUACGUUCUACGUCUUCGCCAUCCUGAGAAAACACUGGCUCAUCAGAUAUGCCGCUGUCCCGGUCUACUACCUCUGUGCUUGCAUGGCGCUGGGAAGUCUCGGGGGUGCCACGGACACCACACGAUCGCCGUCCAAGUCUGCGCGGAUCCUGUACGGGGACGACACGGUGCGUGUGAGCUUCAUACUCGUCUGGCUGGUAGCGACCUCUUUGUCGCUCAUGGCCGCCCCACUGGUGGAGCCUCGAUACUUUCUGAUCCCUUGGCUCACGUGGCGGCUAGCCGUUCCGGAAUAUAUCGCACCGUCAGCCGAGAAACGGAAGAGAUCGGAGCUGGAGACCACGAAAGGCGCCUCCCCUCCAGGUCACCGUUCUAUGGAUGCCCUCCCUUCUAGGUCGGCGAUACAGUCGCUGUUGGAAACGGCCGCGGCGCAUUCAGCGUGGCUAGAAAUAGGGUGGUAUAUGGUCGUCAACGCGGUCACGUGCUACAUGUUCUUGUACAGGGGGUUCGAGUGGUCCCAGGAACCGGGGAAUGUUCAGAGGUUUAUGUGGUAG